UGAGCGACGCUACCUGCACGGCCAGAGGCGCGGGGGGAAGUAGUGUGCGGGCAGUGACGUCACCGCCCCACCUGGUUGGUGGGAGGGGCUUCGUGGCAGGCAGGCAGGCAGGCGAGCUUGAGGACGACGAAGACGACGCCUCCGCCGCAGCCGCCGCUGUUGCGAGAGGUGGAGCUGUAGGGAGUGCCAGCGCGCCCGUCUGCCCACCCGGUCCGUGAGCGACGGGAUGGGGAUGGUGCCGCGUUCCCCGCCGCCUGCGCUCCUCCUCCUCUUCCUCCUCUCGCCGGUGGCUUCGGUGGCGCCCCCCUCCGCGCUGCCCCGCAUCGCGCGCCUCUUCCCGGAGGUGGACCGGGUGGUGCAGCGCUUCUCGCGUGAGACUCUUUCCAACUACAGCACCUUGCAAGUGGAGCCCCAUUCCCACACACUCUAUGUGGGAGCCAAGGAUGCCAUUCUUGCCCUGCCCUUGGAGUCCAUCAGCCAAGGGGCCCAGAAGAUUUCCUGGAACGUGCCUGAGAAUCUGAGGGUCUCCUGCACCCUGAAAGGGAAGAAAGAGGCUGAGUGUCACAACUUUGUCCGCAUCCUGGAAUUUGCCAACCGGACCCACCUCUUCACCUGUGGCACUUUCGCCUUCAGCCCGCAGUGUGGCUACAUUAAAGUGAGUGAAUUCCGCAGUGUGGACAGACUAGAGAGCGGGCGAGGGAGGUGCCCCUUUGAACCUCUGCAGCCAUCUGCAGCCGUCAUGGCAGAUGGCAUCCUGUAUGCAGCCACGGUUAACAACUUCCUUGGAACAGAGCCCAUCAUCUCCAGAGCCACAGGGAGUCCUGCGGAGCUCAUCCGGACCGAGACCUCUGUGACAUGGCUGAAUGAUCCCGAAUUCGUGGCCUCGGCUUUCCUCCGGGAAAGUGAAAAUAGCGAAGACGACAAGAUCUACUUCUUCUUCACAGAAACGGCUCGCGAGUACGACUUCUAUGAGAAAGUCAAGGUCACCCGUGUUGCCAGAGUCUGCAAGGGGGACUUGGGUGGCCAGAAGACAUUGCAGAAGAGGUGGACGACUUUCCUGAAGACUCAGUUGGUCUGCUCGGAUCCUGAGAGUGGCACCGUCUUCAACAUCCUGAAGGACAUGGUCACUCUGUCGUCGGACAACUGGAAUGCCACCAUCUUCUAUGGUGUCUUUGCAGCCCAGAGGAAGGAGGGGAGCGGCUCUGCUGUCUGUGCCUACAGCAUCCAAGAUAUCUGGAAGGCCAUGAAUGGGCGCUUUAAGGAGUUCCGGAGGGACUGUGACAAGUGGACGACCGUCAUGCAGGGCGAUGUUCCUGAUCCACGGCCGGGGGCCUGUGUCACCAACAGCAUGAAGCUGGGCGGGAUCGGGUCCUCGCUGGCCCUCCCCGACCGGGUCCUGACCUUUGUCCGUGACCACCCGCUCAUGGACCAGCCCGUCCACCCCCUGGAGAACACACCGGUCUUGGUCCAGCCAGACACGCAGUACUGCCGGCUGGCUGUCCACCGGGUCAGGGCGCUCUCUGGGCAGGAGCAUGAUGUCCUGUACCUGGGAACAGAGGAUGGACAUUUGCACAAGGCGGUCAAGAUUGGCUCUCGAGCUGCCCUCAUUGAGGACCUGAUGCUGUUUGCAAAGCCUCAGCCAAUCCGGAGCCUGCAACUCCACCAGAACUGGCUCUUCGUGGCUUCUGACAGCGAAGUGACCCAAAUCAGGACGUCCACCUGUGCUUUGUACAGGACCUGCCAGGACUGCGUUCUGGCCAGAGACCCUGCUUGUGCCUGGAGCAGGGACCUGGGGGCGUGCAGAGACCACCAGGGGCAGGCUGGCCUGAUCCAGGACAUGACAGCCGGGAAGGUGCUGGCACUGUGCCCCGUGGAAGACCUUCCAGAGGCAGCUGCUGUGGUUGAAGUGCCAGCCUUGCUCUCUGCCCGGGUGGUCUUGCCCUGCAUCUCCAAGUCCACUUGGUCUAGCUGUGAGUGGCAGAGGCCUUCCCAGGAUGCAUCUGCCUAUACCAUGCGCAGAGACGGGAUAGAGUUUACCGUGGCCUCAGCAACUCUGGGAGAGUACACUUGCCGCUGCACAGAGUCUGGUGUGGGAGGGGUGGUUGCUUCCUACAGCCUGGUGAAUGGCGGGCAGGGUGGUCCCAGCGCUUCCAAGUCAGCAGAGCGCAGCUACAGCGUCCUUGUCGGGGUGCUUUGCUUUGUCCUGGGCGUCAUUGUCAGUAGCGGCUGUCUUCUCUUGCACGAACGGCGCCGGCGAGAGCGCCUUGAGCGGGAGCUGAUCUGCCGUGAGCGGAAUGGGCUGGACCUGAUGCAGUCGACCACCACAAGCUGCAGCCAUGAGCCUCAGACCCCCAGCUCUCCUGAAGAUGAGCGCCACCCACUGGCCACCACCAAAAAGAAUGGCAUCCUCAACGGCUACCCCCAUUUGUACAUCAAUGAGCUGGAUACAGAGCAAGCCCACAUCUACCUGGCAGGGGUCCCCCUGGCCAAGUGCGAUGAAACCUCCAUCUAGAGGAACCCCCCCGUCACUCUUGCUGGCUCCCUGUGGGGCCUGCUCUGUGGGAGCAUGAUCGGGCUGCUUCAGUGCAGUAGCCUGGCUGCUGGGAUCUCUCCUUGGGCCGGAGCAGAAGUUUAUUGCAGGGCCAGCUAAGCUCUGCUGCGUUCCUGGUGAGCAGCUGCUGCUCAUGGCAGAGGACUAGACUAAAUGACUUUCUCCAGGAGCAGGCCUGUGGGUCUCUCCUCCAGCCCUGCUCAGCCUUCUAGUGGCCAGAGAAGGUGGGCGAGUUGAGGGCUCCAGAGAGAACUAGGGGCCUUUGAGAGAUGUCACAGGGCUGGUGGUUUCCCUGGCCUGGAGAAGGUCUUAGACAACGGCAACUGUUUUAUCUGUAUGUUGGGGAUUUAGUCUGCCUGCCUGUCACUCUUCCCAGGGGGGCCUGCUCUUCUGCCUCCUGGAGGGUCUUGGGCCAGCUUCUGAGACCUGCCUGGCCUAAUAGCGUGUUCCCAGGAAGCCACGUGUUCUGAGAGGGACUGAUUUGGGUUUCCUGGAGUCUGCUGUGAAGGAACUGCCAAAGUGCCUGGAAGGAGUGGCACCCUGGCGUGCGGGUCACUUGGCCAGCUGAAGUGGCAGCACCUGGAAUGUUUACUGAGAAGCGGGGGCUGACCAGUUCCUCUCUUUGUCCACCUCCAUUUCAAUCCCUGCAGCUACCCUUUGGACUGAGUCACAGUAGGCUGCUUUCCCCACUCCUUUUACUGGCAUUUUCUGACUGACAAAUAUGAAGGAAGCUCCAUGUGGGACUUCCCUGUCCCAAACAAGAGAGUGUAAGGAGAGAGAUCCUUGGGAAGAGAGCCCCCCCCCCCAGUACUCAAGGGACAGAUUGUGGUGUUCACCUUGGAAUGUGGACAAAUGUGUAUUGUUCCCCCCCCAAAAAAAAUCUCAUGUCCUGGCUGUCUCUUUCCUCCACCCACCCACCCCCGCCUUGCCUUUUGAUGUCCUGCAGGGUAUUUGCUUCCCAAGAAGCAGCACCUCCUAGGCAGCAUCUUUCUGUGAAACGGGUGUUGUGUGCUCACACUUGUGUUUGGGUUUUAACUUCCUGAUGUUGUGACUUAUUAAAAAGGAUGCAACUAA